GGUCGGGAUGGGAACAGCCUGUAUGGAAACCAGGCGAGUGGAAGAGAUGACUGCGUGGUCGGGCUCCUGCUUUCCUGGCUGCUGGGGAAGAUGGAGCGAUUUUCUGCCUUCUGCCUUUGCCUCCCAGGCUCCCUUCUUUCCUCCCUAGCUGGUCACUAUUCCCAGUUAAGCAGACCUUAUUUGGACCUCUUAACUGACUGGGGGAGCCGCUUGGUCUAUGACCCCUUGCAGGGGCGGUGGGUUAAAAGUUGUCUUGACAAAGCUGAAUUGUCCUGGGACGAGUUAAGGGAGCGCUUCAGCUGCCUCUAUGAGGGACCAGCUCUACUCAGGGGACAGACACAAGCUGCUCUGAAACUCCUGAAGGCACAGGGUGGAGACUUUAAGGUCUGUGGCCUAAGUGUGUGGACUGACUUACUGAUGGAGGUAGAGGAAUAUCUGAGGAAAGAAGCAGAGCACUAA